UUCUUUUGGAGGGCCAUGUCGUUGUCGUCGUCGGUGUCACUGGUGAUGUCGCCGGCCGAGCUCCGGCACGGGGCGUGGCGCGGCCCGGCGUUGAAGCCGAGGAGGAGGACGGCGGCGGCGCGGCGCCGGUGCGCGUUCCAGCGGGACCAGUACAGCGGCGGCACGCUGGUGGACGAGAGCAUGGCGGUGCUCCGGCGGAGGAUCCGGGAGGCGAGGAUGGCGGAGACGAACUACGAGGCGCCGGCGGGGUGGUCGGCGUGGGAGAAGCGGUACUACCCGGCGUACGUCUCCGACGUGUCCGGCCUCGUCGGCGCGCUGCAGCUGCUGCUCAUGGGCACCCGCCCCAGCCUCGCCAUCGCCGCCGCCGCGCUGCUGCUCGCCAGCGUGCCGGUCUCCGCCGCCGCGGCGGCGCACCACCUGGCGCAGCUGGCGGCGGAGUCCGUCCUGCUCCUGCAGCACCACGUCCCUUGACCGGAUCAUCAUAUGUCGUCUCUUGCAGCUACUGCUGCUGUUUUGCAUGAGAAAUCGAUUUCCAUAUUUGUAAAGAACACUGCAUUAUUUAUUAUUAUCAUUGAUAUUGCAUUGUUAAAAGAAGCUACACGUAGAAUAUAUGAUAUACUACACGCUUUCUGACAUUGAGAGCCGAUCAUGUAGGAUAGUUUGAUCUUGAAUUCGGCAGUAACACUAAUAACCCAGAUCUCCUUAAAAAUUAUUUUUAACACUAAAGGAUAAAGGACAAUAGAAUAGUUGGUAAAGAAAACAAGAUACGUGAUGAAGUGAUAGGUUCACUGUCAUCACUAUUACUUUUUUUAAAGGAGUAUAGAUAACCGUUGAGGUAUGUAAAAUUAGUCGAUCACCAGAAAAUACUAUUAGUCGUUAGAUGGACCGUCAGGUGGAUAUGGUUGAACAAGAUGUGAUAUGAUUAUUAUUAUUUUUUGAUUUGGA